AUGCUUCUGUAUGGACUCUGUCGAGUGGUAUCUUGGGCUUGCAAAAGUGUUGAAGAUGAAGCCGACAAUGAUCAUCACCAUCAUGGUGUUACCGGCAAUGACCAUACCAUUAUCACUAUCAAGGAACUGGCCGGUAUCAAACCCUCCGUUCUCCAAUCAAUACCCGUCGUAGAUUUCAACUCGGGGGACGUCAAAGACAGCCUCGAAUGCGUGGUUUGCCUCUCCAAGAUUGAAGACGGAGACAAAGCCAGGAUUUUGCCGACAUGUAAUCACUGGUUCCACGCCGAUUGCAUCGAGACGUGGCUUAAGUUGCACUCUUCUUGUCCCAUCUGUAGAAACAUAGUUGGUUCAGUCCAAGAUUCCGGCAUUCCCUGA